AUGUCUUUAGUUGCUUACGAUGAUAGUGGCUCUAGUGAAUAUGAAGAUGAUGAUCAAGACAAGUCACAUGUCCCGACAAAUAAAUCAGUAGAAGUUGGGUUGAAACCUGAACCAUCAACUUCAAAUAGCCCAGUGCAUGAUGAGUAUGAUACUGGAAUAGAUGGAAGUUUGUUUAAUGCUUUACCAAAGCCUGCGCACAAGGCCUCUAGAGUUAUUGAGGAAGAAGAUGAAUUUCUUCAUAAAAAAGAGGCCAAUAUUGUUAAACCCAAAUCUAAGAUAACUGUACCUUCACUCAGUGAUUUUAAAGAUGUAGCUGAUACUGUACCUUCGGCAAAACCCAGGGUUGUAAAUGGUAAAAAGUCUGGUCUACUGAGUAUAUUGCCACAACCUAAAAAUGGAAGCAUGUCCUUAACAAAAAACUCUUUAAUACCCCAUGUCCUAUCACAGAAGUCAGGUGUUAGUAGCAUAAAGAAAAGCGAUCAUUCUCAAUCUCAUCCAAAAAAACCGAAAAUCGAAACAAAAAAAUUGUUAAAAGAAAACUCUGAUGACAGUGAUAACGAGGAUGUAGUAGAAAAUGAUUUCUUCUCAAUAAACCAAACUGUUGAUAUUCAAGAUCAUUUAACUUCAGACACUGAAGUGGAUACAGUGCAAGAGAUUAGACCAACUACAAGUAAGAAAGAAGUGAGAAGUAUUGAGUCUUAUUUCAAAAAAGAUAUUGAAAAUCCAGAACCCUCAGAGCUAGCAUAUACUGAACAAAAUAAUUUUGAAACAACAUCCAGUGCAGCAGGUUCAGAAAAUGAUCUAGAACUACCCCCUGCAAAUGAUGUAAUCCUUGAUGAUGAGGCAAUAUUAAAACUUGUUGGAGCUCGUGGAAAGCGCAAGAUGGAAGAGAUACAAAUAGUUGACUUUAAUCAACAAGAAGUCCUUGCUGAAGCAAGGGAAUUGUUACUCAAAGGCCUUAUGGAAGAUACUAGUAAAAGAGUUUCAGCUAGUAAAAAGAGAGGGGAUGAACCUACACAUAUGCAGAAAAGGAAACACCAGAUUACAUACUUGGCUCAUCGGGCAAAAGCUAAUGAAAUUGAAUUACAGAACAAAUGGGCAAACAACAGAAUGUCAAAAAGACAAAGUCAGUCCAAAUAUGGAUUU